UUUUGCCCCGGCAGCCCCCACCCGUCUUUCAGGAACUGAAUUUUAACUGCGCGGUCAAAUCAAAGAACCAGCCGCCCCCCGCCGCCUACUUCUUUCUCUUCAAUCAGCUGUUCCCGCUAAUUACUGCUGUUGCUGUGAAACUCUUCUCCAGCUGGUAUACCUCAAGUUCCACUCAGGAUAAUCUACCUUGCGUCGAACUACUACUCCUCGGACAUAAUUCGAAUAAUAAUUGGAUUGGUGUUGCAAUUUCUUUUUCUACUUUGAGGCGGGUAGAUAAUGGAUGAUAACAGCUCUGCAAAAGUUUUUGUCCCAGCAGCUAUUAUGCAACCAUUGCUAGAUGCAUCAAACGUAUCUGAACUAGACCAGGCCCUAGAAUUUCUUAUACAAACUGCCAAGUCUGCUGAUGGUCGUGCAGACUUCGCUUCUAAGAAUAUGGUAAAUGCAGUCCUUCAGCUUUGCCAAGUUCUUGAAUUUCCCUCCAAUGGCGAUCUUCUUUUAUCUUCACUAAAGGUUCUUAGGAACUUAUGUGCUGGCGAAAUGCGUAAUCAGAACUCAUUUCUUGAACAAAACGGAGUUGGAAUUAUUUCCGGUGUUAUUAGUUCCGUUAAACCUUCCCUCGAAUGUGGUUGUGAGAUUAUUCGUAUGUGCUUGCAACUUUUAGGAAAUGUUGCCUUGGCUGGAGGAGAACAUCAGGGUGCUAUUUGGAGUGAAUUUUUCCCCCAUGGCUUUUACAAGAUAGCUGAACUGCGAAGUAGAGAAACCUGUGAUCCUUUAUGCAUGGUGAUUUAUACAUGCUCUGGGGAGACUGAUGAAUUACUUGGGCAAUUAUGUUCAAGUCAGGGGCUGCAUAUAAUUACAGAAGUUUUAAGCACUGUUUCAAUAGUUGGUUUCAGUGAAGAUUGGUUUAAAUUGCUUCUUUCGAGAGUCUGUCUUGACAAAUCAUGUUUUGCGUCAAUUUUCUCUAAAUUACACCCUGUCAGUGAAGUCGGGGAUCAUGCAGAUAUCACUGCCAAAAGUGUGCAUUUUUCAGCUGAGCAAGCAUUUCUGCUGCGUAUUCUGUCAGAGAUCUUAAAUGAACGAAUCGAAGAUGUUGUCAUUUCCAUUGAUUUCUCUUUAUGCAUUCUUGAAAUCUUAAGAAGUGCAGUUGAAGUGGUUGAUUCUGUUCCCAAGGGGAAGUCAGCCCUUCCAACAGGUCACACUGGUAUUGAUGUUCUAGGAUAUUCUCUGACCACUUUGAGAGAUAUCUGCGCUUGUGCAGAUUUAACAGGUUUGGAGAUAGAGGGAUCAAAUCGUGUUGUGGAUAUGCUAGUAUCCUCUGGACUCAUUGACUUUUUGUUGAGUUUGCUUCGUGACCUAGAACCUCCCACAAUCAUUAAGAAGGCAAUGAGAAAAGAUGAGACUUCUAAUGAGGCAGGCAGCUAUCCAUUGAAGCAAUGCCCUUACAAAGGUUUCAGAAGAGAUAUUGUUGCUAUUCUUGGAAAUUGUGCAUACCAUCGGAAGCGUGUUCAAGAUGAAGUCAGAGAGAAGAAUGGGAUUCUUUUGCUGUUGCAGCAAUGUGUACUUGAUGAGGAUAACCCAUUCUUGAGAGAAUGGGGAAUUUGGUCUGUAAGAAAUUUACUGGAAGGGAAUGCAGAAAACCAGCAAGUGGUAGCCGAUCUGGAGAUCCAAGGAUCUGUAGAUGUUCCGGAAAUGGUUAAUCUUGGCCUGCGAGUAGAGAUGGAUCCCCAAACACGGCGUGCAAAACUAGUCAAUACGUAGUGAAACAUUGCACUUUGGUUUUACUGUUUAAGUCGAGCCAACAGCUGACCGACUUCUUCAAGGAGUUGCAGAUACUACCAGGUUAAUGCAAUUUAUUGCUGCAAUUCCAUUCCAAGUAUGAUUAUUUGAUUAGUUAAAGAUAAAAUUUCCUGACCAGAAGUUCCCCACUCCUUUUACCUCCGCUUAAUCCUUAAAGCAAGAUUCGUAUAGAUGCAAACAUA